ACCCUGCGCCGAGCGGAAACGUGAACCCGGUAGCCUGCCUCGCAAGGAAGCCAUGGGUGCUCCGGGUGGAAAGAUCAAUCGGCCCCGAACGGAGCUGAAGAAGAAGCUGUUCAAGCGACGGCGGGUGUUGAACCGGGAGCGCCGACUGAAGCACCGGGUGGUCGGGGCUGUGAUAGACGAAGGGCUGAUUACUCGGCACCACCUCAAGAAGCGGGCGUCCAGUACCCGUGCCAACAUCACUCUGUCUGGGAAGAAGCGCAGAAAACUCCUCCAGCAGAUCCGGCUUGCCCAGAAAGAGAAAGCAGCCAUGGAAGUGGAAGCCCCUGCCAAGCCAGCCAGGACUAAUGAAUCACAGCCCAAAUCGAAAAAGAAGACAAAAGCUCCCCAGGAUGUAGUCAUGGAGGACGUUGAAGAUGAGAGCUAAAUCUCACCCCUUCCACCAGAAGAUGCUCAUCUGGAGCUAGGAUGACUCAAUGGUUGUUUCUGGAGACUUUGGAGAAAGCACUGCUCCUUUUCACUCUCCCCAGAUUCCCCUUCCAUAAUAGCCUAGUGACCUGCCCUGGAGAGAUGUAUUGAGAGGAAGAGGGUAGAAAAGAAAGAUUGGAGAGUGGGCUUGUAGCAGUCCACUCCAUUUGCAAUAAAGCCCUAGAAUUCUCACUGAGAUAUGCGUGAUUGUAUGUUGGAAUGGGCAUGGGCCCUGAAAAGGGGCUGUGAGUGGGCAAACAAGACAAUUGGGAAAUAGGACCCACAGAGCUUACUUGAGCAAAGACAGCAAGCAGCCAACCUCCAUGAUGGCCCUUUCUCCCUAGUGAGUGAUACUCCAGCUUUCCAUUUCUGACAAAAUAAAGAUUACUGUAGAGAUGGCAGAGGAAGUAAAGGUCCUGAUACCAGCCCUGCCACUUCCCCUGUUUGACCAGGGUGGGCAAGGGACCAUGUUUGUCUCUGUUUCCUUUGCUGGACUGUAUUUUUAAUAAAGUGAACAUUAUUUUUCCCCUUUAA